AUGGGUGAAAUGCCAACCAGAAACGGCUACGGCCAGAACUUGGGCAACCACUUCACCAUCAAGGAUGCCCCCAUCGAGAAUUUAAGGCCAUUUAGGGUAGUCGUCGUCGGAGCCGGUUUUUCUGGUAUCCUGGCUGCUAUCAGAAUCCCCGAGCGGCUGAGGAAUGUUGAGUUGGCAGUCUACGAAAAGAAUGAAGGCGUUGGAGGAGUUUGUAAUCUAUAUGCCCCUGGGGUUGAGAUACAGCAGUAUCUCCAAGAUGUAGCCGAGCGAUUUGGCGCCAUGAGGUUCAUAAAGACACGCCACCAGGUCGAACAUUGCGAGUGGGAUGAGUCCGAGAAGAAAUGCUAUGACUUCCGCAACAAACGAAUUGGAAUCAUCGGCAACGGCUCAAGCGCCAUCCAGAUCAUCCCCAAGCUGCAAAUGGUGGAGGGCGCCCAGCUGACCUGCUUUAUGCGGUCACCGACCUGGAUUUCGUCCGCCUUUGGAGACUCCGGCAUGACCGAGCUAGGACUGGACCCUUCCAACACAGCAUUCUCCCCUGAGCAGCGCCACAAGCUCUCCACCGACCCCGAAGCCCUCUUCAAGCUGCGCAAGGUCUUCGAGACAGGCGGCAACCUCAUCCACGACAGCACCAUCCGCGGCACGGCCAUGCAGCAGAAAUGCCAGGCGGCCUUCCACCAAGCCAUGCACGCCAAACUACACACCCGCCCAGACCUCCUCUCCCUGCUGAUCCCCUCCUUCUCACCGGGCUGCCGGCGCCUAACGCCGGGGAAGGGCUUCCUCGAAGCGCUGCUCGAGCCCAACGUCACCGUAGUCAGCGACGCCAUCACCGGGAUCACACCCUCCGGCAUCACCACCACCACCACCACCCCUUCCCCCGCCACACCCACACACGCCCCCCCAACCACCACCACCCACCCCCUGACGACCCUAAUCCUCGCCACAGGGUACACCGUCUCGUCCGCACCACCCUUCCCCAUCCACGGCCGUUCCUCCCUCGCCCUCUCCACGCGCUGGCACACCCACCCCGACAGCUACCUCUCCCUGGCUGUGGACCAGUUCCCCAACCUGUUCAUGCUCUUCGGCCCCAACAGCGCGAUCGGCACGGGCAGCCUGACGCGCAUGCUGGAGGCGGCGACCGAGUACGCGGUGGCGUGCGUGCGCAAGCUGCAGCGGGAGGACUAUGCCAGUAUGGAGGUGCGCGCGGAGCGGGUGCGGGAUUUUGGGGCGUACGUGGAUGCGUAUUUUGAGAGGACGGUGUAUACGGAGGAGUGUCGCAGUUGGUAUAGGAGGGGGGGGAGGGUGGUGGGGCUGUGGCCCGGUUCGACGCUGCAUGCGUUGGAGGCGUUGCGGGCGCCGAGGUGGGAGGAUUGGGUUUAUGAGAGUGUGGAUGGGGGGGAGGCCGGGGGAGGGAAUGGGUUGAGGUGGUUGGGGGAUGGGAGUAGUGAGACGCAGGUUGGGGGGGAUGCGUCGUGGUAUAUUAAUCCGGGGGAGGUGCAGGUGCCGGUGGAGGGGAGGCCAGAGGAGAAUGAGCGGUAUAAGGCGAGGCCGUGGUGUUAUUAG